AUGGGCGUCGAUCAAGUCGUUCAAGCAGAAGUCAGCGCGAAUAAAAGCUCUGAGAUCUCGUACACUCGGCGGCACUUUGAUAGAGGAACCGCAGAUCGUCUUUAUGACAAGAACACUAGGAGAUUCUCUGGCGUUGAGUGGUAUUGUGAGCAAAACGAGCUACAGAAUUACGGCGUUAUGCCCAACUUCCACUUGGCAGUCCUCGUCGAGCGAUCACACCAUCAUGGUAAAGCCAUUUCUUUCAAAGCCGAAUUCGACCUGCAGGCUGAGGCCGGCUCCAUACAUGACUUUAAGCAAUGCCUGCGCCGUGCUUAUAGGCUUCUGAGACCAGAGGACGACCCCGUGUAUUUUGAUCCCUCCAAGGAGAAACCUGACGUCAAUGGAGUUGGCGGAGUAGGUGAGAAGCUAUUGGAAAGCAUCACUAUAGAUAAUCUGGGGGCUCUUACGGAGGGGAAAUUGUUGAGCAAGCUGAUUGACUCUGCUGGAGGUGCAUUGACUGGUCUUGAGCCGAUGAAAGGAAUUGUAGGGGUUGAGUCUCAUCAUUCCUACUACAGGUGA